AUGUCGACGCAGGAACUCUCGAAAUGUUGCGUGUGCGGCCAAGUCGCUACCAAGCGUUGCGAGCCGUGCGGAGCGCGCGACGUCGACCUCUUCUUCUGCUCGCCGGAACACCAGAAGCUUGUCUGGGACGCCCACAAGCAGGUCUGCGGCGACAAGGCCAACCCUUUCACCUCCCCUCCUCUCUCGGCGAAGGAAGCUGCUCUCGCCAAGGCGCUUGCUGAUCUCGAGUACAAGUUCGACUUGAGCGCUCCCGGAACGCCCGCGCACUUUGCGACCGAGGGCAGCGGCGUCACGCUCGCGACGCACAUGGAGACGCUUCACCGGCUUCCGCCUGGCUCAUUCGUCAAGUCGCUUAUCGCGUACUACCAGAAGGCCCACCCCGAGUUCGCCGCUUACGAAGAUUUCCUCAGCUCUCUCCGCCCAACCCUCCUCGACGCGAUGUAUUCCCAUGCCGUCAAGCCUGCCGAAGCCCGUGCCGUCGUCAAGCGUGGCCUUGAGGCUUCGGAGAUACUCUACGUCGACCGUAUGAGGGAGACUGUUCGUUUCGAGCUCGAGGAGGACGUGCCGCCGCUCGUCAUCACGCACAUGCGCCAUCAUGCGCUCAUUCCGCAGCUCAAGAACUUUGUCCUCGCCGCCUUUGUCCGCAUGCUCGACCCAGUCAUUCCCUACUUGAUUUUCGAGUCGCCAUACGACUUCAAUCACUUCAUUGGCGCCAUUGCCAAGGAGGUCACGGUCAUCAACUCUCGCUCGGUCAUGAUGGAAUACUCGACUUUGACUCGCAAGAUUACCGCCUUCCGCGAGGGAACCGUCGCACAGCCCGAAUACGAGUGA